CCCAGCUGCUGGCGGUAAUGAGGUAAUGCGCCUGGCAACCGCUAUGGAACCACUAACGUUACACCAGGGAAGAGGAGAAGACCGACCAUAAACAUGACCUGACAUUGACAGACGUGAGCCGUCACCGGCGCGGUGUCAGUUGCUUAACGUUUACUGUUAGCGGCGUAAUUAAUGACGUUAGCGAAUGAUAACACAACGAUGCACAACAUGGCAAACAAUCCAAAGGAGCUAACGUUGUGUCUGAAGAAGAUAUGUUUCCAAGCUGUCAGGAAACAUUUCGCUGCUGUGGGCACUGAGGCUGUUCUCGGUCUUCCAACGCCUCUCAUUAAGGAUCUUCUUCCUUAUCUGACAGUGUGUCAGCUGGAUGAGCUCCAGCCUGCCCUCAACCAGAGAGGGGUGUCCACUCACUCUGGGUGGAUUGGAGUCCUACAGGACAUGUGUGGACCUAACCAUGUCACAGACUUUGACACAGAAGAAGAGGCCAAACACGAAGUAAUGAGGAUGCUUUUUACUCUCGUAUUCUACGGCUUCACGAACCCUUUCGUCAAAAGGAACAUCACAAACUUGAACACCCCGUCCUUCCUGUGGGCGGCAGCUAAAUGCAUCAAACAUUUUCUGCUCACUACGCCAGUUGAGAGUUUAACCGCCGAGCGACGGCCUCUCCUGAACCUCCUAGAGAAGCGUAUCUGGAGCGUUGGUGUAUCGCAGAGCAUUGAUAUAUCAAAGAGGAGGACGCAAUCUGCGUUGUACGUCCUCCAUCGCUUGCUGGACCACGGGGUGGCCAAAAAAGUCGUGGUACAUGUGCAAUGUCCCAUAGUGCUGGCCUGGAUCCUACAUGGCAGGGGAUCUCAGUAUGUAAAUCCCGACUUCAAGGACCUACUGAACAGCAAAAAGGCGAGCUGUAUUUCACAAGCCGCUUCAGCCAGCGCAGACGGGCCUAGUUGCGGUUCAGGUCUUGGGACCAGCGCUUCAGAGGAUCAAGUCACUCCCUGCAAACGCUCCAAAUUGGACUCUGCGGAGCAAUCUAGGAAAGCGAACUUUACAUUGGACCCGCAGGCUCUCUGUAAAACCUUCAGUCCGUGUGACGGUCCCUCGGCGGGGGCUUGUCCAUGGGGACGGAUUGAUUGUCUGGACAUCAGGCAGUGUGGGUCUGACUCCCUCAGAGUGCUGAACUCUGCCCUGCCCACAUUCUUCUGCCUUCGCUCUCUAACUCUUCACAGCUUUUUGACCUUCAGGGACUCUGAUGUGUUGUCGCUGGCCAGAGCCCUGAAGCAGCUGUCGGAGAGCUCCCGCAGCUCUCUUGCCGAUCUGAGCGUCAGCGUCCUGCCGUGCACCCGGCUUGUGAAGGUCCUGCUGGACGCGAGCCCCAACCUGAUGUCCCUGCACGCGGAGAUCCAGACUUUGAUGUGGGGGCCGCGCCUCUUACCGCAUCGUCCCAGGACUGCAGAGUCAGACAUGUCAGCUGAGCUGCUGCCCCUGGAGAAGCUGGACAUCAAAGUGGCGGAGCUCCAGACAGAUCUGAGCUUCGUCACAUCCGUGCUGAGACGCUGUCCACAUUUCACCUCUCUUCACCUAGCCGGGAUGAGAUUACCAACCGGCUCCUCUCUGAGCCAACUCUUCACCACUCUCUCAGAGUCAAAUCCCCUCUUGAGGAGUCUCAACUUGGAGGACCUUAAGCUGUCCGAUUGUCUCCCCGAGAUCCUAAAUCUACUGAGAGACUGCAAGUUGGAAGAGCUGCGGUUUAAUGACUGCCGCCUCGUUGAGUGCUGGAGCAACAAGGAGGAGAGUUUGCAGCGGCUGGUGGCCACUCUGAAGGCGGUGCCCUCCCUCCACACACUCAGCUUGGCUCAGAACCGGCUGACCAAGAACGUGUGUGUGCUGGCGGAGCUGUUUUCAGGACCCUCACCGAGCUCAGUGAAACGACUCGACAUCAGGUGAGAGCUGCCUCGGGCUUCAGCUUAGUUUAAGGUCGACGUGGUGAAGCCGGCGCCAGAACAUGACGUAACCAUUGCCUGUGUGCCGCGGCGCUCGCUCGUGCACCUCCACAUUUUUUGUAACUUGGUGCUUGCUUAGAGCUUUACAGACGUGACUGUUCCAAAUAGUUCACUGAUAAAAGUACUAUAAAUUAGUUUUUAGAUGCUUUACAAAUCUCCGUUUGACUAAAUAUUUUGCAGCUCAAUUCAAUUCAAUUUAUUUUUGUAUCGCCCAAAAUUACAAAUUACAAAUUAGCCUCAGGG